AUGGCGUUGCGCGCUCUUCUUUUCCCGCCGCUCUGCCGCGUUCGUCGCCGUCCUGCUGUGUCUGUGCUGAGCCAAUUAGGACACCUGACAAUGCUGCGGGACCCGCAGGGAGCCGACCCCACGAUCCACCGAACGAACCAUCAGGGCAGCGAGACCGGAACAACCCCCAACAAGGCCUCGCUCGCCCGUCACCUCACUUCACGCUGGCUCCCUCGGUCAUGGAGACCGAUACCGACCCAUCCUGGCCAGCACCCAAUCCAGCCUCACGGAAACCCUAUCAUUGCGCAACGGAGCCGCGAACUAUUAUUAUUUCUAGGCGGUUAG